GCAGCAGCCGUGACUCGGGGGAGGGGGAGCUGGCGGAACAGCGGCGGGGGUCGGGGCGCCCUGCGGAAUCGUGGGCAGCGGGACCCGGUCACCUCGGGAACAUGGCGCCCUGGACACUCUGGCGCUGCUGCCAGCGCGUGGUGGGCUGGGUUCCGGUGCUCUUCAUCACCUUUGUGGUCGUCUGGUCCUACUACGCGUACGUGGUGGAGCUGUGCGUGUUUACUAUUUCUGGAAAAGGAGAAAACGUUACUAUUUCUGGAAAAGGAGAAACAGGAAAGACCGUUGUUUACCUUGUGGCUUUCCAUCUGUUCUUUGUUAUGUUUGUAUGGUCCUAUUGGAUGACAAUAUUCACAUCUCCCGCUAGCCCCUCCAAAGAGUUCUACUUGUCAAACUCUGAAAAGGAACGUUAUGAGAAGGAGUUCAGCCAGGAAAGACAGCAAGACAUUUUGAGAAGAGCCGCAAGAGACUUGCCUAUCUACACCACAUCAGCUUCAAAAGCUAUCCGAUAUUGUGAAAAAUGUCAGUUAAUUAAACCUGAUCGGGCUCACCACUGCUCUGCGUGUGACAGAUGUGUUCUUAAGAUGGAUCAUCACUGUCCAUGGGUGAAUAACUGUGUGGGAUUCACUAAUUACAAAUUCUUCAUGCUGUUCUUGUUGUAUUCCCUACUAUAUUGCCUUUUUGUGGCUGCAACGGUUUUAGAGUAUUUUAUAAAAUUUUGGACGCUUUGCCGCAGGAAAUCUACAGAGAAUUGCCCGAAGAAUGAGCUGAGAGAGUCACGUGCAAAAUUCCACGUACUUUUCCUUUUCUUUGUGUCUGCCAUGUUCUUCGUGAGUGUGCUCUCACUGUUUAGCUACCAUUGCUGGCUGGUUGGGAAAAACAGAACAACAAUAGAGUCUUUCCGUGCACCUAUGUUUUCUUAUGGAAUAGAUGGAAAUGGUUUUUCUCUUGGGUGUAGUAAAAAUUGGAGACAAGUCUUUGGUGAUGAAAAGAAAUACUGGCUAGUUCCAGUAUUUUCAAGCUUGGGUGAUGGCUGCAGUUUUCCAACUCGCCUUGUGGGGAUGGAUCCCGAACAAGCUUCCGUGACUCACCAGAGUGACUAUGCCAGAAGUAUUAGCUCAAACCAACCUUUUCCUAUCAAACCACUUAGUGAAUCAAAAAACCGUUUGUUGGACAGUGAGUCUCAGUGGCUAGAGAAUGGAGCUGAAGAAGGAGUCACCAGACCAGGGACAAAUAACCAUGUUACAGUGGCAAUAGAAAGUAAUUGAGUGCUGCUUGUUCCUAACUAACCAUUGAUGAGUGCAAGGUAUAUAAAAACACAUUUUGGACUAUUUUCAGUUUUAUUUGCAAGAAAAUGAUGGCUGGAAUGAAGUAAUUGAAGUAUAACAGAAGAUAUAUUUUUAAAAGGAAGCAUUUGUACAGUUUGCUGGAUCCACAGAAGCACUACAGAGUAGAAAGAUGCCUUAAUUUCUAGUGUCCAUGUGUGCAGCAUUGCCUCAGCUCAAAAGUGACUUAAUUUUCCUUUGGAAAUAACACCUGUCUUGAGAUGCUAUCCUCACAUGUUAACAUGGCAUUUGUAUUUCUCAAUACCUGAGUUAAAAUAGUAGAGUUAUUUCUUAAUAUCCACUAGAUUUUCACUCCAAAAACAAACUAAAAAGUUGUCUUCGGUGAAGUCAGUCUGGGACAAAUGGUGGCUAAAAAUGAUAUCCAAAUCAUUGAUUCUUGUGCUGUAUAAGGGAAAGGAAAUACUGCUUUUUUAAUUAGAUGUUUACUAAUUUAUAAUUACUGUUUUAUACUUUUCAACAUUUUAAUAAAGAUUUUUUUAUUAUUGGCUAUGAAAUAGCACAGAAGGAUUCAGAUACCUAAAUAUAAUCAUUUAGAACAUUGAAGAUGUUGAUAUACUUCAAAGGUUUAGUUAGAAGCAUUAUAAUACAAGCCUAGUGGCACAGGCCUGUAAUCCCAGCCCUCGGGAGGCUGAGGCAGGUUUGCUGUGAGUUUGAGUCUUGCAGGUUUCAUAGGGACCGGAUCCAAAGAGCAGAGUAAAAGGAGCAUUAACACAGCCAUGUGGUAUAGCAUGUGCCCAAGGCUCAUACAUGGUAGAAAAAGGAAUGUUUUGUACUCCCUGCUUUUUAAUUACUAUCUGUUGAAUUUUCAGGGGAAUUUAUAUGGCCUGGAAGCACAGCGGAUCAUGUGCUAUGCAAAGCUCCAUAUGAAUAGGUGGGGGUGGCUAAAGAAAAGAGAGAAUGGUAGAAGAAGUAUUUUACACAGUGAAGCAGAUUCUUAGCCCUAAAAGCAUGUGUGCUACAGAAUGCUAUGAAUAGACUUUCAGUUUAGAUGAUGUCUAAAAAUCACUGUGGUACCUUCCAGGAACCUUUUAACAGCUUAAACAGUGACUGAAAAUGCACUCAGAUGAAGCGAAAUAAAUAAAACAAAUUCCAGUGUUGGGCUGGAGAAAUGUUUCAGUAGAUAAAGGCAAUUGCUCCUAAACCUACAACCUGAGAUCAGCCACAUGCUGGGAGGAGAGAGCCAACUCCCACAUGUCUUCUGACAUUCACAUGUGCACUGUGGUGCACACAGACACUAUGUUUUAAAUUCUCAGUCUCUGAUUCAUAUGUGAACUCUUAAGCCUGACUCCCUCGCAGCCACCUGAUGGCUUUAACAGGAAUGGUUGUACCUAGAAGACUAGUCCAGUGUUCUAUAGAAAGACAGUGUAGAAAUGCUGCUCUCGGUUUAGACUGUUUAUCAGAGAAAUACACCUAACAUGAUAGCUUGCAGUAGACAGCAGAGAAGCCUCACUCAGAUGUGCAGGUCUGGGGCUAUACAGUGUCUGUACACACAGUGGGAUUGCGGAGGAAAGGGCAUCUGAGGGAACUGAGCUACAGGACUCUCAGGAUUCCCCAGUGUUGAAGUUUGCAAAUGACCUUGCUUUUCCUUUUCCCACCAAGUAUCUCUGGACCCCUCUGUCUAUCAAACAUUAUUCUAAAGAUAGUGCUGUGAUUCCCUAAUCCUGCGAAAAUCAAGACACCUGCUGUUGCAACUUUGCAUUUUGGGGAUAUUGAUUGAGUUGUCAUUGACUGCACUAAUUCUGAAUCUCAACUUCCUUUGGACCAGAGGAGUAAGUUAGCUUUGGAACCGUGGUUUAAAGUGAUAUGUAGUAUGAAUUCCUCUUUCUUUCAACUCUUUAUUGAUAAUAUUUUUGAUUCUCAAACAACAGUGAAUUGAGAGAUACAAAUUACUGCUAGGCAUGCUGAUCUACGAUACCAGUCUCAACACUUGGGAGCCUGAGGCAAAAAGGUCAAGUUCAUUCUCAGCUUUGUAGUGAGUUCAGAAGUAGCCUGUGCUACAUGAGAUCCUGUGUCAAAAAAGUCAGGAGAGAAAAGACCAAUUCUUAACCAAAACUACAACCUCAGUCCAGUAGUUUGCAUGUGCUUUCAGCAGAACCCUGGUCCUUCUGUUUCUGAGUUUAGAUAGGAGGAUUUGCAUGCACCUGGCACAGUUUGCCCCUUUAACAUACUAUUAUGUAGAUGUAUCGUCUUUCUGAGUUCUGAUCACUUGAUUAUUAGCAUAGUAAACUAUUUUUAGUUUUUGGUUUUGUAGCCUUUAUAGCCAACAUUUUGCCACAGUCUAAAAUAUUUACCUGGAUUUUGUUGGUUUUUUGUUUUGUUUUGUUUUAAUGCUGGGGAAUCAAACCCAGGGCCUUUUGCAUACUAGGAAAGUCCUCUACCACUGGUCCAGGCUGAACCUGUUCAUACAUAACAGUGGCUGUUUAUUAGUGGGUAGCAAGUGGUAUGGGAAUCGGGGAAGGCUGGCUCUUCAGUAUUUCAACUGGCAUUGAGCCUGCUGUCAGCUGGGAGACCAGGUCAAAAUUAAGCUUUGCCAAAAUUUCAAACACUUGAACAUUCAUGAAGAAAAUGAAGUUGAAUUUCAGGUCUUGCCCUUGCCAUUAAAAACAUUAGCCAGGAGACUUGGUUUAUCUGGGUAAAGAGGUACUGGACUGGACUGUUCAGUCCCUGCGGCACCUGACCAUUGUCACUGUGCCAACCAAAGCAGCUGCAGUAUACCAGCCAUUGAAAUGAACAUGUUUACAAAGUUGAGUUUUCUCUUCACAUAAGAAUGAUUUUUUAAAAACUUUUUACAUAGUGGUUAUGAUUCAAUGUGUUAUGAGCAUAACAGGUUAGAUUAAACAUAUGGUGUUUACUUGAAUUUUAAUUCUUAACAGAAAGCAAAUUUUGACGUUUACAGUAAUGCUUGAGAUGAGUCAUGAGAUCUCCCGUUCUCUCUGAAUCAAAUUUAUAUUAACGGGUUAGUGUUAGAGCCUGUGUAUUUGGGGCAUUGAGUAGGCAGUAACUCAGAAAUAUGCUUAGCUUACAUCUUGUUCUACAAACUAGUACUUCUAGCUGUGGAUAAGUAUUUUUAACUAAUCUGAUAUUAAAUCAUAUUUUUGCAUUGCAGUCAAACUAAUAAGAACAUAUGUAAAAGUACAGAUAAGAUAUAAAUCUGAAAUUCAUAUUUCAUAUGAUCUAAGCUGUAUUUUUAAAUUUAAAGUUCAAUAGAGAUUCAGAAAGGUCCAUAUUUUUCUAAUGACUUCACUCUGUUAUUUUCUUGGGUUAUGUAAAGCAAGGAAUCGUAUUUGUAUUAAGGGGCUAAGAAAGCUGUUAGUUUAUUAUAUUUGUACAUGAUUAUAGACAAGCCUAUGCCCAUUUAAAAGAAAAGAUGGAUACUAUUUAAGGUGAUAUUUAAUAUGCUUUUCUAUAAACAAGUUUGAAAUAUAGUUUACCUUAGUUGUCUUUACCUAUCAAGUAGCUUAGCCUUGUAUUUAUUUCUCAUUUGUGUGAACCUGGACCAUGACUCUGCUCUGUAUUUUGAAUGGCCUAACCUACAUUAAUAUGUGCACAUUUUACAACUUUUUUCAGAAAUCAUAAUUACUUUAUUAAUAAACAGAUAAAGAUAU